GCAGCCUAGAGAUACUUGUAUACCGUGUUUCCUCAGUUCGCUGUGAGGCGCAUACAAAAGUUGCAGCUCGUGCGACUGCUAAUGUGUUAGCUAGCACUCCAGUUCUCAAACGAGGGAGCCGUCUUAAGUAUGGAAACGGCUUAUAUUUACUGUUGACAGACUGUAAACGGUGUCGUUGGUUUAAAAUGACACGGUGGGAAUGACAAGCUAGUGUUCACUCGGAGUGGCCGUUUCUGUUUCGACCGCAUACAACUGAAGCGGCGGUAUUUGUGUGUUCGGAGACAUACGCGUCGCUGUCAGCCCGGUCGUCGAUUUGGGUUUAAUCAACUUUUGUUGUUUUUUUUUUUUUUUUUGUAUUCGCAUGGCUGAAGGGUAACUUGUGCUGGAGUUUUUGUUUUUUGUCGGAGGGGCGUUUACCGUGUUGAAGCUAGCAGGGGCUUUUUGACGGCUAGAUCACGGGCUGUCGGGAGUUUGACAAGCAGCUUGUGCUUAUGUAAUGCUGGCGAUUCCCCCGCUCGACCUCAAAAGACGAAUAAACAGCGGGUAUUCAGAGUGCGACGAAGUUUAUUUCGUGACACGACUUGUAUGCGUCGUCAUUACGGUGCAUUUCUGUGUUUUCUUUCUUUUUCGUUUUUCCACGAGUUGUUUUUGCGACUCGCACACAGUGUCGAAGCUGCAGCGCGUCUCGUAAAUCUAUUGAUCAUGCGGGAAGUUCAACGAAAAACUAUCGCGGAUGCCAUCUGAACGCUUAAACAGCAUUGGACUUGUAUAGAAAUGCAUUUUUCGUCACAAAUCUUGUAAAGGAUUAAGAUAUGGACAGUGGACAAAAACGCAGCAGCAACGGUGCUGAGAAUUUAACUUUCGGGGAUUGUAUCGAGAGAGGCUUCAUGCCUGAUAUUGACAUUGAUAUUGGUGUCAGUGCAUCCGCUUUAAAUACGUCAAAAGAGUUCUCGAACGGACAGAGAGGUAGUGACGCUCAAAGAAAUCUCUCUCUGGCAGAUCCGUCUUUAAUGGGACGUAACAUACAAGAACCAGAUGUUAAGGGAUUCAGACCUUUCAAAAUGCAGCACCAGCAAAAGGUAAAAGAGCCUCUUAACAUUGGGGAGAACUUUUCGCUGUUGGACGAGAGCAUUGCGGACUUAAAUCGUGGUUCUGGCAUCCAGGCCUCUGACACUUUUGCAAUGAAAAUGGAGCAGUUUUCCCCCCAGGAGAAAGAUGGGAUGGACUUUCCAUCUUAUGGCCACCCGAAUAAGGAAUUGGAUGUUAAUGAGAGAGUGAUUGGAGACAACACCAUUGACAUCCUUAAGGAUCUGGACUUCACCGACUCCCUAUCUGAGCUGAAUGAGCUCUAUGUUGCCGACGAGGCUGCCUUUCUUUCCUCAUUGGCAGUGGAUGAAACCCUGCUGGGAGAGAGCAACUUUCUGAAGGAUACCAGCCCUGUUGUCACUGGCAGCAGUGCAGCCUGUGCGAAUGUGAACGGCACGGGGAAACGGCAGCAGAUGGUGGAAGCCAGUGUCAACAUAAAGACAGAGAAAGACACAGACUUUAUCCAGCUGUGUACACCAGGUGUCAUCAAACAGGAGAGUGAGAGGCGGAGCUACUGUCAGAUGUCAGGGAUGGGUGGGCUUCACGGUGGGCCUGCCGCUUUAGGAGAUAUGGGCGGACAGGGAUACCACUAUGGAGCCAACACCGCCUCAGCGGUGAGUUUACCAGAUCAGAAACCCCCUUUCGGCCUGUUUUCUCCCCUACACACCUUAAGUGAUGGCUGGGGUCGAGGAAAUGGAUAUGGAGAUCCGUCUGGGAUGCAGAGAGCCAAUGAGACGGUACUUCCGUCCACCUAUCCAUACAGCAGUUUGUGUGCUGGUCCGCUGACUCUCCCAGGAGCCCAUGUGCGCUGAUCUGUAUUGGUGCUUUGCCCAUCCAAAGCAAACACAUGGGCCUCAUGGAGCUCCCUUCGGCCCAGAACGGCACACAUGCGCUCCUCUCUGAGCCCUGUUUCAGGAGGCUCUAGGCAUCAAUAACAACAUCGACCAUUGUUGCUGUAGCUGAUGUGAUAUUGUUUUUCAAUGAGUGUGGAGAGGUCUAGAAGCUAUUAGUCAUUAUGGCUCAAAAUUCCCUGAGUACUGCAAAUAAUAUAAAGUGUGUCCUUGGUCUUGACUCUUGACCAGUUUUACUUUGCUACUUGGCGUUGGGUUUUCAGAUAAAAUGAGUUUUGCAGCCAACCUUCUACUGAGAUAUGAAUUUAUGUGCUCUGGGAGAUCCUGAAAUAUAUGGACUUUUAAUGACCUCACAGUUAUGCUUUUGUUCAUGGUUCUGCUUUGUAUGUGUUGUGGUACGGUGUAAUGUUUUGUUAUGGUUUUCUUAUCCAACUUGAUGCAACGUGCCAGUCUCAUUUGCGCAAGAGAAACCUUUAAACCUUUUCCCGAUUGCUCAGUGUUAAUCUGGCAGUCCACUCAGAAAGCCAAGUUAGAGAUAUUUAGGUCAGCAUAUUUCUCCCUCUAAACCAACUUGGACAGUUUAGUGCUGUGUUAGGGGAAACCUAAACAUGUUAGUUACCUGAACUUUCACCUGACUCAUUUUUGUGGACACAUCUUGUAUUAAUAUUCUGGUUAGAAUUUUUUAAACCUCUUACAAUCAGUUCAGUUUAAACAUUCAGACUUUAUGAAGACAUUUAAUAUUAAAGUUUGGAAAUCUCUCUGAUGUACACUGAUUAAAUACAUUCAAAAUGUAAUCAACAGGCAUGCUGUCAUCAUAUUUGCAGAGUGAAUUACAGUACGAUUGGUCUUCUUCAUUA